AAUAUGCGAAUCCACGCAAUCCUUUUGUUCUUAUUUGGAAUUGUCGCUGGAGCCUUCGGCUUGUUUCGAUCAUCAAUGAGGGGAAUCGCAACUGUUGACGAAAAUACCGGCGACAUCGUCUGGAUACCCAUGCCUGGUGAUAUAGCGAGAAAUCCGAUAGCCAACAAGAGAUUGUAG